GUUGAAGUCAAACCGAAUCACGAGGCUCCGGUCACAGUAACUCCUUGUGCUGGGCAUUCUUUGAUACCAUGGGAAGGGAAUAAGCUUAUAUCAAUUGCAGGACAUUUGAAGGAUCCUUCUGAAGUUGCCAAUGUGAAGGCAUUUGAUCUGCAAACGAAUACUUUGUCAACUAUGAAGACCUAUGGAAAACCACUUGUUUCACGUGGGGGUCAAUCAGUUAUAGUUGUGGGAGGUACUUUAGUCAUUUUUGGUGGACAAGAUGCAAACCGAACUCCCUUGAAUGACCUUCUCAAUUAUUCUUCAUUGUAG